AUGGAAUCGGAGUCGGAAUCGCCUUCAAGUAUAGUUAUCCCGGGGCCAGAGCUGCGCGAGAAGGUGGACAACUUCGCCGCGCGGCUGAGUACAUUGGAUAAGCGUAAAGCAGAUGAGAUGAUCGCCAAGUUGUUGGCCUCCCAGAAGCGUAACCAGUACCUUUACGUCGACUCUUCUCAUAUUUUCUAUCCUUACUUUCUGAGCAAACUCACAGAGUUUCGCCAGCACCCGGACCGAGUUCCUGAAAAGAAGAAAGCUGCUCCCGCCGGUGAGGCGGGUGUGGGUUCAGGCCAGAAUGGCAGCACAAAGGCCGCUCCCACGGCCGCCACCACCACCGUUACGGCGGACGGUAUCGUCCGCACGGUUGGGGGCACUCACCUCCCACACGAUCCCAAACGCGAGGAGCUGCUGCGGGAGGCAAAGCUUAGAGCGAAGCGUUACCUCGAAGAUCCCUUCCCCAAUCACUACUCCCUUAACUUUAAAGGUGGGACGUUGGAUAUUCCCGCCUUGGUGAUGGAUACCAUGUCUUGCACGGCUCAAUAUGUUGCGAAGUACGGCGAGAACUUUCUCAUCGCGGUUCAGUCGAAGCAAAAGCACAACCCCGCGUUUCGCUUUCUAAAGAGCGAGGAUGUACGCCACGAGGGGUUUCUUAGUCUUGUCGAAUCAUACAAGCGUAUUUUGAAUUUUGGCGAAGACGAGACGGAAACACGUUUGGAGAAUAUGCAGAAGCGUGAUUACGUGCUUCACACUGUGUUGGCCGCGAAGAUGGAGUACAUUCAUGCGGCGGUGGCACGACAGAAAGCCGCGCUUCUGACAAAUGAGGAGCUGCAGGCGAGGUUGCAGUGGAACUUCUUCGAGGUGUUGAAGACCUUCACGUUGAGUGAUUUGUUACUGGAUGGCCCCUUACCCGAACAGCCCGCCACGUCGCGUCUUCAGAGCGGGAAAAAAAUGGAGGAGGAGGGGGAGGAGGCGGGGGGCGCCACCGCCACGGAUCGCCCUAACGUCCUCCGACCUCCAGGCGAGCCCCACGUCUUCGUUCCGGUGUAUAUGAGCUCCAAAUUGGUGCGCCCUGUCGAGGGGGAAAAAACACGAUCGAACGCGGGUGGAGAGGAGGAUCCGACGGCACCCCCACCCUCAGCGAGCCGUUCUCGCGACGGGAUCGUGGUGGAGGAAAAUUACACGGCGCGCGCGAUCGCGCCGGUGCGUCGUGGGGUCGAGUACUUCGUGGACGACGAGGGCGGCGAAAGGAUCCGGGUUGAGGAUUUGCAAAAAAGCAAAGGUGGCGGUGACUCGGGCGCUGUCAAGCGAAGCCGUGAGAGCUAUGGUUUGGCGUCAGAUGAGGGGAUGGCUCGUGAGUUGCAGCGUCGUGCGCGCGAGCGUCAGUGA